AUGAGGUAUCGAACUGAACACCUGUUCGGUAGUGGUGAGAUUGAUAAGAUGCCCUUCUGUCGACUCUUCCCUUUCCAACUUACUCACCUUUUCCGUUCCCUUCGCCAUGACCACCUGCCCCACCUGUUCUGGUGCGGAUCCUUCCACCAACGUUGUGGCAACCUGUCUGACAUUGUUAUUGUCGAUGUGAGUGGAUCAGAGCCUGACCCUAAUGAAAGGGAGAGGGACAUGCUCCCGGGAUCAAGACAAUGCAGAAAUAUUGAAAUCGGUAUCCGCAAUGACAACCAUGCGAAAUCGCCCCCUCACUUCCUUCUCCUCACUUCACAUUUUGGCUCCACUUCAGGCAGUGCAAUCAUCACGCUGAAGAACGUGAGCUUGCAGGAAUCGCUCCUUGUUUUUGUGAAAAGAGAAGGUGAAGUGCUUCUAGCAACCACGUAUUUUGUGCCCUAUUGCGAAUUUCCAACACCCAUGGAAGAUGAUGCUGAUCUGCAGACGUCGUUUCCCUUCUCGCGAUUUGUCAAAGGUCAGCAGUCCUUCCAAAUCAAUUUCGCUGUUGGGGGAGCCGAAGCCAAUGGGAAGGUUACGCUACUUUCGAAUGAGAAUGAGCUCUGCGAAUGGAAAGGCGUUAAGGUCACUCAAAACAAGAGCACCAUUUGCACUGAUCUGGUCAAGAACAUCACCUCAAAUUUGAGGAUUUUCAGCGCAACUUUUCCGACACGAUCUGAUUUGGACCAUGAAAUCUUUCGUUGGUCAACAAGGUCCAUGGAUUUGGCAGUGACCGUGGACUAUACACAAAGCGGAACGUCACCGGAAGUGGCCGAAUGCAAUCGUAAGUAUAAUUCCAAUGCAAUUUCCUACAGCAUUCUUCGUUAUCACAGACGGUUUCGAGUUUCCUGUGCAAACUUUGCCUUUAGAGUACUGGAACCCACACGUAACGCAGGUUUCAUUGUUGGCACUGAUGACUUUGUGGAAGUGGUGACUGCAUGGACAAAGGAGGUGAAACAGACAACCACUCCAUCCUCAGACUGGCUUUCUCUCCUUCACUAUCUACUUUCAUUGCCUAAUUUCACACUCUCUGCAUUGUUGAAUAAAGUGCAGCUUUGUGCCUAA